UGACCAUGCAUAUUGAAUGAACACGUGUCAUUAUCCCAUUCACAUAGUGUUUGGUCAUCUUCGAGCUCCAAAGGCAAGCUUUCCUUCCAGUUCCACAAUAGUCAGAGACAUAGAAUUCGAGCUCCACUCUCUGCAAUAACAAUGGCCGCUGUAGCUCAAAUCUCUGCCUCUCUUUCCGUUUCAAUCCGAGAUGCAUGCGCUUUUAGCCCAGCACCAAUUCCUUCAAGGCCUUCUCUUUCCAACUUCGCCCAAACAAGGUCCUUCUUUGCAACCGGGUCUCCACUUGUACUAAGGAGGACUUCUUGUCAAAGGAAAUAUGCUGCAAGCAAAGCAACACCAUUUUCAAUCAAAUGUGAACAAAGUACUCAGGAGAGUGGCUUGGAUGUAUGGCUAGGUCGGUUCGCCAUGAUUGGCUUUGCAGUCGCUAUUAGUGUUGAGAUAGCAACAGGAAAGGGGCUUUUGGAGAAUUUCGGGCUCUCGAGUCCACUGCCUACUGUUGCAUUGGCUGUUACUGCACUAGUGGGAGUUCUAACAGCAGUUUUCAUCUUCCAAUCCGCCUCCAAAAAUUGAUCAUACUUGAUAGCUUUGCAUUAUUUGUAUAGUUAGUAACUCUGAAUUAUACUUUCAAGUUACAUUUUGUAUUAUUAAUUUUCCCUAUGAGCAUCAAUACUUGAGUAUAUACAUUGGUGAUGAAAUCUUUAAUUCAUUUACCUCUCUAGAAUGAUUUUCACUUGAAUUUUUCUGUUGACUCUUGCUUAACCAAUGAUAUGGUAUUUUGGUA